AUGGGUUGGUUCAGCGACGACAGCGAGCAGGCUCAGCACUACGAGCGGUUCAACAACUACAACGGUAGCGAGGAGCACAAGGCCUCGUUCACCCAUGAACUCAUCGCCGGUGCCGCCUCCUUCGAGGCUAUGAAGGCCUACAACGACCACUGUGAGAAGAACGGCCAGCCCCAGAGCCACGAGACUGCCAAGGAGCUCCUGGCCGGAUUCGCCGGUGCCUUUAUCGACCGUGAGGUUGAGACCAAGGGUCUUGACUUCAUCGACCGGGAGAAGGCUAAGCGCCACGCCGAGCAACAGCUCAAUGAGGCCUCCGGUCGUGACUGGUAA